AUGUCAUCCAAUUGCCCUAAUGACCAAAUCGACGGUGCAACCAGGGGCGGCGUGAACGACGUUGCUCCAUCCCAGCGCUUCUCCGACGUCCCUUCAACACUCGACAUCCCGGUGCACAUUGAGCAAAAGGACGAAGAUGAUGCCGAAGCGGUCGAGAUCUACCUCGAAAACCUCUCCGAUCCGAAUGAGCUGUGUUCCCUGCUAGAGAUAGAGCGCGCUGCCCCAACGUACUGGAUGUCGGUUGCUCUCGCAUAUGCAAAGCAAAGCAAGACCGACUACGCAAUUGAAACGCUCAUCCGCGGUGGAAAUGCAAUACAAGACAACGACUCCAAAGGGAGGCUGAGUAUUGUGAGCUUUUUAUGCUGGAUGUAUCUGUGGAAAUGCCGAGAGGCCCCUCGCCUUGCGCCUGAAGGUGGACUUGUAUCGGAGGCGAAAACCAAGGAAUAUUAUCUACAACUGGCUGUCUCGACUCUCAAUGAUGCUUCACGAAUCAAUCCCUCAUUUCCACCCUUGUUUCUCGCCCGCGGCGUUCUGUACCUGUUGAGGGCGUCUCUGCAAGCACCUUCGAAAGCCAGAGCAGCUAGCGGGGCAUCCGUCGACUCAGAGAAAGCCGACCUUCUGCGCAGGGCACUCGAGUCAUUCGAAGAUGAUAUUCGGUCAAGGGUGCUCUUCUCGCUGGGAAAGUAUUCCGAAGCUCUAGCAGGAUACCAAGAAGUUCUCGCAAAGAUGCCUGAUUUCAUUGAUCCAGAUCCUAGAGUUGGCAUUGGCUAUUGUCUCUGGAAACUAGGGUUCAAAGAGGACGCCAAAGUGGCUUGGGAAAGAAGUCUCGAAAUCAACCACAAAUCCAAAAUUGCCACUGUCUUGAUCGGCCUCUAUUACCUCGACGCCAGUAGCAGUAUUCCCAUAGAGAGUCCCGAUUUCAUCCGUAUCUACAAGAAAGCCAUAACGGAGUACAUACAGAAGUCUUUCAAGCUGGAUUCGAACUUCCCCCUUACUUGCGCAACAUUCGCCGGCUACUUUUUGUCGAGGAAAUCGUUCCCAAAUGUUGAUUCUUUAUCUAAUAAAGCAAUUCAAUACACAGAUCUCAAUGUCAUUGCAAGUGAUGGCUGGUAUCUACUUGGGCGGAAAGAGCAUUACGCAGGCAAUCUCGACCGAGCAAGCGACUGCUAUCGACGCGCAGAUGAUGCUCGUGGGGGCGCCGAAAGUGGCUAUCUCCCUGCGAAGUUCGGCACAGCCCAAUUACUUAUCCUUCAGAAUGACAUUGGGGAAGCCAAACUGUGCCUGGAGAAGAUGGUCCAGCAUUCUCGAAACUGCGAAGCCACAACCCUUCUAGGUACAUUAUUCGCCGAGGAAGCUUUUGCAAAUGGGUGCACUGCUCCUAAAGAAGACAAGAGUGCACAGAGAGCAAUUCGACUUCUGGAAAGCGUACGAGCCGCAUGGAAGGAUUCUAAGAACAGUCAUUUGCCCGACGCCACGGUAUUGUUGAAUCUAGCCCGGCUUUACGAGACAGAAUAUCCGGAGAAGGCCCUCCAUUGCCUUCUCCAGGUAGAACAACUAGAAAUCGACCGAAUCGCGGAAUCGGAGGAUCACAUCGACGUGAAAGACAAGUCAGAGACCCAAACUGCCCUCCGCAAUGCCCUUCGCGAUUUUAUCCCACCACAGUUGACGAACAACAUUGGAUGCCUUUACUUCCAGGCCAAUGAUUACGAGCUUGCUGGCGAAAUGUUUGAGGCAGCACUGAGCGCUUGCAUGAGACUUGUAGGGGAGGAUGACCACGCUGACACCGACAUAGAUGCUCUCAUUACAACAAUCAGCUUUAACCUGGGCCGGAGCUACGAGGCAAGAGAUCUUACGGACCAGGCUGUUGAGGUUUACGAGCGGCUCCUGAAUCAUCACAAUAACUACACCGAUGCCCGGACUCGACUAGCAUACAUCAAACUGUGUCAAUCUCCCCAAGACAAAGGACCUGAUUCCGUUGCAAAGCUGUACGAAGAUAACCCGACAGAUCCCGAAGUUCGUGCUUUAUACGGCUGGUACCUGGGAAAGGUGUAUUCGAGCCGGAGACCAAACAGUAUUGCCGAAGAUCCCGAGCUGCGCCAUUACAAGCACACCUUACAAAAUUAUGACAAGCACGACCGGUACGCUCUAGUCGGCAUGGGCACCCUUUACUUGCAGUCUGCUCGAGAAAUGCGACGGGGCACAAAUCAAGAGAAACAAAAGAGAAGUGCUAUGUAUAGCAAGGCUGUUGAAUUCUUCGAAAAAACACUUCAAUUAGAUCCCCAAAACGCCUAUGCUGCACAAGGUAUUGCUAUUGCGCUUAUUGAGGAUAAGAAAGAUUUUCAGAAUGCGUUGCUCAUCUUCCUUAAGGUCCGAGAUGCCAUUAAAGAUUCCUAUGUUUACGUCAAUCUUUGUCACAUUUACAGCGAGAUGAGGCAGUACUCUAAAGCUAUUGAGAGCUGUGGAAUGGCGUUGUCGAAAGAGAACAAAUCGAAUGAUCCUACCAUACUAGCCUGUCUCGGUCGAGUAUGGCUGAACAAGGGAAAGGCUGAUCGCGAUUUGAAUGCUUACCAAAUGGCGCUUGAAUGUUCACAGAAGGCUUUAAAUUCUGCCUCAGAAGAAGUCCAUCUUAAGUUUAAUAUUGCGUUCGUCCAGAUUCAGCUUGCAACCACAAUGUACUCUCUUAGUGAGACGCAGCGGUCGUUGCAGCAACUCCAAGAUGCCGCAAAGGGUCUCGAGCGGGCAAUUGCAGCUUUAGACGAAAUCGCUGCUCAUCCUCAAUGUCCGUACCCCAAGCACGAUGUCGACCAGCGUGCCAAUAUGGCUCGCAAUACUCUUCGAAAGCAACUUGAGAGAGCCAUUGCUAGCCAAAAAGAGUACGAAGAAAAGAACAAGGAGCAACUUCGAGCUGCCAUGGAAAGACGUCAAGCUGAAUUGAGACGGCGAGAAGAAGAGCAACAAGAAGCAUUGGAGAAGGAACGUGGGAGGCUGGCAAGGAUCAAGAAAGAGAGGGAGGAGAUCGCAAUCCGUGACAGGAGGCUUGCUGAGCAGCGAGUCGAAGAGGAGCGUGCCAUAGCAGCAGCUGACAUGACAACGGAUAGCGAGACUGGCGACAAAAUCAAAAGAAAGGGCAAACCACCCAAGACGAAAGGCGAAAGGAGACCAAAAAAUAGAUCUGGGAAGAAGGGCCAUGCAGACAGCGAGGACACAAAAGAUGAGCCACCACCAAAGAAGCGACGGCUUGCAAAAAAAGAAUCGACCAAAUACAAGUCAGCUGAAAUCGUGGCCGACAGCGAUGAUGAUCGUGCUCUGCAACAAACGGAAAUGGAAUUGGAGAAGGAAGACAGUUCACGUUCAGGUAGGGAUAUUGCUGAUGAGGACGAUUCAGACGUUGGAGGUGUAAGCGGCAGGACAGUUGAGGAUGAAGAACCCGAGACUGGUAGCAGAUAUCGACCGCAGAAACAGUCAAGGCGCACCCGAAUUGUCGAUGAGAGUGAUGAAGACGAAUGAAGGGACGAUAAUGAGAGAGAGCAAGGAUGACGAUGGCAAUGAGUUGCUUCGUGGCAAGCCGCUGUCUCAGAAGGAACUCCGGAAGCAAUGAUACUUUGCGGUCCGUAUUUUAUAGUUUCCAGAACCACUGCACCCCACGUCCAUGUAUGAAUAGGACCUGCGCUGCGAAUAUCGCAUUUCCCAUUUUCACAAAAGCGGUGGAGUUCAGGCCUGGUUAGGAUAGGUCCCAAUACCAAUUUGGAUGUCAAGACCCAAAGCGUUCGAAGAUUCGUGUAACCGGACAGCUAGUUUCUAAGAGCUGCCAGAACUGUGCAAAUGGAAAGGAGAAAAACUAAUUCAGGAUAUGCAAAUCUUUAUAGGCGGUGGACGGGG